UGUUUCUGCGUCACCCUCCAACAGCGCAGCGGGCUUAUAAAGAGGAACUCACAUAGACUCUCAAACACACCAUUUUUUCCCUCCUCUGAGACGAACAACAGAAAUUCACAGCCAAGAUGAGACUGUACCUCGUAGUUGCCAUGCUGGUGCUGGCUUUGGCCGCAUUCACACGUAUGUCUCGGGUUAAUUUAAGUAAACUCCAAGCUACGUUUCCGUUCAUGCUGUGUAACUUUUUCUGUUUCUGUUCCAAACCUGCAGAGGCUCAGGAGGCAGAGGCGGAGGCGACCGUGGAGGAGAAAUUCGCUGUGUUCACAAACCAGAUGGGUGAGAUGGGCAAGAACCUGGCAGACAAGGCCCAGACAACCUUUGAAGAAAUCAGAAGCAGCGAAUUCGUUGCCAGCUCACAGAGCUGGUUCGAGCAGCAGUUGGAAAAGAUGAAGCAGAAGUUCAGUGAAAUCAGCCAGUAAAAUGGUCCCUAUCGCCAUCCUAAGACCCCCACCCCCUCACCUCUGACCUCUUCACACAUUGCUCUACUGACCAGACACAAUAUCUAUGUUGCCUCUCUGUAAAGAGAUGUUUUUUUUUUAUAAUUUCAAUGUAAUCUUUUUGAAGAACCACUGUGAAAAGUUGCAAUAAAAACACUGGGAAAAAAAAUAAAGCUGUGCUUUAAUUUUCACAUC